GUCAACCACUACUUGUCUUUUGCUUGGACCUCUAUAUUCCAACUCAACAUGAGUCGCAGUAUUCAUCAGUCUCAUUCUUCUGCUGGAUCUUUCAAGGGGAUCUGCAAAAUUGGUCAUUCCUUUAGUAACUUCAGUCACAUAGGAUCUGAAGUCCACCGUGGAGGUUCACAUGUUUCCCACCAUGGAGGGUCACCUAAACUCCAUCAUGGAGGAUUUAAUAUCUCCCAUCAUGGUAGUUCUCAUAAUGUCCAUCAUGGAGGCCACUACAGAGCCCCCAGUGUCCAUGGAGGAUCAGGAGGCAAGGGAAUCUCUAUCUCCAGAAACUCUUCUUUCACCGCACACACUAGCCAUAAGAAGGGUAUGCAUGGCAGCAGCUCAAGUGGCCACAGUGGCUGGAAGAAAGAUGGUCUGUUCAAUGUCAAUGAGAAAGAAACCAUGCAAUGCCUGAAUGAUCGCCUAGCUUCCUACCUGGAGAAGGUCCGCUUGCUGGAGCAGGAAAACAAGCAGCUGGAGAGGAAUAUCCGAGAUUGGUACGAGAGAAAUCAACCUAGUACUCUCCCUGACUUCGGUAACUACUUCAGGACUAUCCAGGAGCUCCAGGGCCAGGUCUCAUCGGCUGCGGUGGAAAAUGCCAGGAUUGUUCUGCAGAUAGACAACGCUCGUCUAGCCGCUGAUGACCUCAGAAACAAGUAUGAGAUGGAACUCCAGCUGAGUAACAAUGUGCAGUCAGAUAUAAAGAAUCUACGCGGAGUUCUUGAAGGUCUGAAUCGCGAGGUAUGUGACCUGGAUGCGCAGGUCCGUAACCUUCAAGAACAGCUGCAGCAGAUGAAGAGGAAUCAUGAAGAGGAGGUGAACUCCCUAAGAGCUCAGCUGGGGCAGAGAGUCAACGUGGAAGUGGACGCCGCUCCAUCUGUAGACCUAAACCGAGCUUUGUCUGAAAUCCGGCAGCAGUAUGAAAAUCUAAUGGAGAGGAACCUGAGAGAAGUCGAGAGCAUGUUCCUGCAAAGGACAGAAGAACUGAAUCGUCAGGUGGCAUCUGGAGCCGAGCAGCUGCAGUCCGUACAGACUGAGGUCAUUGACCUGAGACGCACUGUCCAGACCCUUGAGAUUGAGCUUCAAAGCCAGUUGAGCAUGAAAUCCGCUCUGGAGGGCACCUUGGCAGAGACCGAAGCCACUUACAAUUCCCAGCUCUCCCAGUUACAAGGCCUGAUCAAUGCUGUGGAAUCCCAGCUGGCGCAGAUCCGAUCUGACCUGGAGCAGCAGAACCACCAGUACAGGAUCCUCAUGGACCAGAAGACCCACCUGGAGAUGGAGAUCGCCACCUACAAACGCCUACUGGAAGGACAUGACUUCCAUUCUUCAGGACACCAUUACUCAGGAGCUCAUGUCAAGUCUCAGCACUCAGUGUCGAUUCACAGUGUCAAAGGUCACGUAGCACACAAGUGCUAAAGAUCAGCGGAUGACCAUUCUUGUUAGUGAUACCUUUGUGAUUUCAUUGUUAUUCCUUUCGUUGUCGUACAUAUUGACAUCACCUGUGUCAGGGUGGGAGCUCAAAGCUUCUCCUCGAACUCAUCAAAUGGUGUUCAUCGACAGUAAAUGUACUCUGCUAGUUCUCUCUCAUGUCUUGAUGUCUGUAUUUCAUUAAUAAAUCCUUCAUGCAAAUAUAAUUCUGUGUGCU